AUGGAAACAUCUGUUAAUCAGUAUUAUAAAAUUUCUAUGGUAUCGUCAAACGAGGAUCCAAAUCAGCCGGCUUUGUUCCUUCACGGAGAGAGUCCCGUGUGGGACGCGGAGACUCAAACCUUGUACUUUGUUGACGUUCAUGCACAGAAUAUACACAAACUUAAUUAUAUCACGGGUAAAAUAUCCACCAAACAUAUUGGUUAUGGUCAAGUGAAUGUGGUAUCGUUGAUAUCGGGUUCCAAGCGCCUGUUGGUAUCAGUACGUGCGGCGCUAUAUUUAAUGGACUGGGAGGUUGCGGGCGAUGCGUCACUACGUCUACUUGCCUCCUUAGACGAGGGCGAGCCUGACAACAUGAUCAAUGACGGCAAAGCUGACGUUGAAGGACGCUUCUGGGUUGGUACAAAGGGUCCUCAGAUCGGUGACGAGGUAACACCUGACCAUGGCACUCUAUACAGCGUGCAGCAAGACACACGAGCGCAUGUCCGCGCCGCGCUACGACCCGUCUCCGUCUCCAACGGCAUCGCGUUCGCACUCAACAACUCCCUCGUCUACUACAUUGAUUCAUCCACACAGAAAAUUGAAGCCUUCGACUUUGAUUCCCAAAAGGGAGAGAUCAGCGGACGACGGACGAUAAUCGACGUGACGUCAUACGGAUAUGAUAACGCGAUACCUGACGGCAUGACCAUAGACAGUAAGGGACAUCUCUGGGUCGCGCUUAUGUUUGGUGGCGCUGUACUACAUAUAGAUCCGGACAAGCGUGAAGUGGUGUACGGCUACAAGUUGCCGGUGAGCCGGACUACGUCAGUGUGUUGGGGGGGACCGGACAUGGACGAGCUAUUUGUGACGACAGGCAGAGACUCCGCCACCGCCAUAGCGGAGCCCCUCGCCGGAGCCCUAUUCACAAUUCGCUCCACCGGCAGUCGCGGAGUUCCCACACCUGCCUUCAGAUUUGAUAACGCUGACUCGUAUUAAAAAAUAUUGUUUUUUUUCCAAUGCAAUAAAAAAUUA